GGAAAAAGUGUUUGACUUGUGAUUAGACAGUCGGGACCGGUGACGGCUUAAAGCCAGCUUAGGAGGGAGAAUAUAGUGGGUAGCAGUUUCCGGGGGAAUGUUUAGGCUGUAGCACCCGGUGGCUUCCUUGUUAUUGUGACAGCUGAAUGGAAGGCGGCUGUGGUGCAGGGGGAGAGCUAUGGAGCAGGCAGCCCAGGUCCCGUCCCUAUUGCCGGGGCGCAGUGACUGUCACUAUACCGGCUGCUACUGUGAAGAAAAUGUGUGGAAGCUAUGCGAGUAUAUCCGAGACCAGCGACCUUGUGAUCUGGAUGAGUUCUCAGCUGUGUUUAUAUCCAAUGAAAACAAGAUGAUACCCAUUUGGAAGCAGAAAUCUGCGAAAGGGGAUGGGCCUGUAAUAUGGGAUUAUCAUGUUAUAUUGCUGCGUGAGUCUGCAAGAGAUGGGAAUUUUGUUUAUGAUCUGGACACCACCCUGGCCUUUCCCAGCUCAUGUAAUGCCUAUAUAAGGGAAGCCCUCAAAUCUGACACUAACAUCCACUGUGAUUUUAAAAGAAAGCUGCGUGUGGUAGGGGCACGUGAAUUUCUGCAGACUUUUGCAUCUGAUCGCUCACAUAUGAGAGACUCGAGUAGUAACUGGACAAAGCCUCCUCCUCCAUAUCCAUGUAUACAAACUGCUGAAUCCACAAUGAACUUGGGCGAUUUUAUCAGCAUGAACCCUGAGGUUGGAUGGGGCACAGUAUAUUCCUUGGCAGAGUUUACAGAACGCUUUGGUGACGCAACAGUCUGAUUCACAAAUCAUUGAAAGGUUUUGUGAAAGCAGCAAUGCCCACUGUGGCUGAGGAAGUAAGAAGCCAUUGUUCUUAAAGUUUCCAGUCCACAUGAUUAAUUCAUCUCUCCGAGUGUUCCAGGAGUUGCACUUGGGUGUCAAAUUCAGAUAAAAUGAAUUUAAUCCCUGUGCCUGCCGGAUUAAGCAGUUCCAUCUGAAAGCUCUACUUUAUAUACAAUGUUUUUCACCAGCGCUGGCAGUAAUUGGUACUUUAAGGGCAACUAUACCUUCAAAUAUUGCAGCAAUUACGGCAAUACAUAACGGUGGCAUAUUUUUUAUGGUAUGUUUCUGCUGGCUAUAGAAAAACAUAGGGGACAGUCUUGCAGAAUUGUGUAGGGAUAUCUAUUCUGCCACAGUUAUACGCUGUCUCUGUGAAGCUUAGGAGGCUGUUCCUGCUGAAUUGUAGGGCACUAAUUGCCAGAAAAAAUUCAGAUACAUUUCAGGCUGCCACAAGCCUUUUAUCUACCUUGAUUAGUGCUGUACAGCACUGCAGCAAUACAACAUUGACUGAAAAUAGGUGUCUUGGUAUGUGCUCCUUAUUGGCUGAAAUAAUUUGGACUGGUUACUGAAAUGAAGUUAAUGAAGGGGAGCAACCAUGACUGCAUACUUUUAUAUAAUGUCACAGCAAUAUUUGGGUUGUGGUCAGUCCAUUUACAACUGACCAUGACCCAGUAACGGUAUACCGCGCUCCUGAUCUGUCAGACCACAUCCCGUUCUGUCCUUUCGUUUGGGAUUAUAAUAUAAAUUAAGACGGCUGUAGUGAAAUAUUGUGGCAAGCCAGCCUGAAUAGAAGAUGUGGCUAUAAUGGGAAGAGGAAACACGAAUAGCUUCAAAGUGACGCAAAUAAAAUCAACAUAUAUCCUAAUAUCCAAGAAUUUAAUAUCCUAACCGGAAGAAAUAUAGCAAAAAUUGUCUAGCAGAGCUCCUGGAUCUGUUUGCAAAAACAAAAUUCUUGUCCCCAUUCAGUCACCAUGAUGGCUUAGUUUAUAGGGUUAAUAUGCAGUGACAAGGGUCAGGAUUGCUCUGAAUGAAACCGUAUUCAUUUGCCCAUGUUCUUAAGAAAAGUCUGUUAUACAGUAAGUGAAAUAAAUAAGCACAAUAAAAGAUGUCCUAUAUGAAAGUAAAAAAACACACAAGUGAAGCUCAAUUUUAUUGCUUUAUUGAUUUAGAUGUAUGGCGAGUACCAUAUGCCAAGAGAAUUAUACUGAUUUACAAAUACA